AUGAUCGAUACUAUUGACGCCCUCACCCAACUGGUGCACAGCGUCAGGCGGACGCGCGCCGUGGACGUGACGCGGGUUGAGCACGAAAAGACGCAGCAAAAACUCGCCGGGAAGCAAAGAGUUGAGCCCCCUUUAAUACAUGCAGCACUCGACAACCACAGAAGAACACGAACGAGUUUGUUCCUGCGGGUGCCGGCCAGUUGGGUCCCAACGUUUCUGCAGUCCCUAGGCUCCCGUGGGAGCGGCUCGAGUGAGUUGAGUUCCUCAACACUCUCUGCCGCUUCCAACGCGUAUGGCUGCGACACCCAGCUGGAUGCCGGACCAUACAUGCAAGGUGCCUUUGGGAGCAACCCCGCGGCAGCUCCUACAGCUGCUAAGCAACCGCAGCACUUGGUGGGCUCCCAAGGGAUCGGCUCGGCUGCUGCUGCUGCUCCCUGUGCGGCACGAAAGACGCUAAAUGGCACAACAAUCAACUGCGAAGAAGCUGAAGCGAUUAGGUAG